GCUAAUUAGCAUAUCUGUGACUUGCUACAUGCUGUACCCAGAUCCUGACGUCACUAGCACACACGUUCUGGUGACGUCAGCUACAGGUGUUGUCCGUAAUGGCCGGGUGCUCCAACGCUCGGUGCUCCUCCGAGCGGCGCUCUCUGCGCCGAGAGCUGGACCACUGGCGCAAAGACCUCAUCACCUGCGUCGGUCUAGAGAGCUUUGCAGAGUUCCUAAUGGGUCCUGAGAGAUUCAAAGAGGUCAUGCCAUUCAAUGGUUUUGAAGCUGUUGACUGCCCGGAUUGGGAACCCUCGUCAGAGUGUAGGUUGUGCCAUGCACGCAGGGAAGUUGUUACGGAGUCACUGGAACAUCAUAAAGAGCUGAUAGAGAGACAGCGCACACUAGAAGAAGCCCACACACAAGACUUCCCGGGUUCCUAUGUGCCCUUCAAGUUCAGCUCAGCUCAGGAAGCCAUACGGCACCUGGCAUCCCAUCAUGCAUCAAAACAACAACAAUCCUCCCAGAGUGCCUUGCAAGAAGAUUCGGACAAUCUAGAUUCUGAGGAAGACGACCUGCCCCCCUCCCCAAUGAACAAUUCCUGCAACGGGAGUGGUGCAAGGAAGCUGCGAAACUCUCCAUACUUCCUGAAAAUUCCUAGAGUUCCAUUUGGUCAUGAUGCCCAGGAGAAGGUAUCUCACAGACACAUCAAUGAAGUGAUGGAUCCCACGGCUGGACACCUCAGUAUACCUGCUACAACAAUGAAGACUUCAUCGACUGCCUCUGCUCAGCACUGCAAUGGAACUGACCCUCAGCUUAAACCAGAAAAGUCUCAUUCAGUCUGUGACAGUUCCCUGCACCAAGCCUUAGGUAACUGUCCAUCAUCAAACAGAAAUGUCUCACCUAAUGUAUUACAUCAAAGCCUUACGAGACCAAAUAGCUCAAGCCCUGUACCCACAGAAGUACACAACCUUAACAGCAACACUUAUAAUGAUACAAGGUGCCUGGAUGAAGAUUUCCUCUUGUGGGUUAUUUAUUCGAAGGGAAGAAAAGGUAGACAUUUAUUCAGCUUGGAGGAUUUGGAGAUGAACUGUAGUGAUACUGAGAUUGUCAGUAGUGUUACAGUAACUGAUGUUGUCAGUCAAGCUAAGGCAGCUGUUCCUCCUGCAAGCGCAGCCAGGGAUACAACGGUCCGCAAACCACCUACCUCAGCCGAUGACAAGGUGCAAGAAACACACACAUCAACCACUUGCCAACUUACAAGCAAUCUCAAAACAUGCCAAAACAAUAGUUCUCUUCAAGACAUGAUUUCAGGUGAGCCAAGCAGUGACAAGCUUGAAAAGGAGUGCAAGGUAGAGGCUGGUCAAGUUGGUGCCAAAAAUGACCCAAUAGGAAACAUACAUGAAGGUAAAAGCAUUAAUUACAGCGAUGUGGAUUUUGAUGAGAACAAAGGUUGUGAUCUCCAUGCUUCAUACCUGUUCAAACCGGUCAGCCUAUCAUCUGGCCUCUUGCCAUCUGACAAGUCACAAAACGACACAGACAGUGACGCAUCAAGCUUCUGCAGCAUCUCUCCUCCCAGCCUCAGCCCUGUCACUGAUUACGACACUUGUUCAGACAGGGACCUGUCCCAGUCAUCAGUUUACUCUUUAGAAGAGAAUGAGGAUGAGAGUGAAGAUCCGCCCCCUCCUAUUCUAUUUCCCAUGCCCACGAUGUCUUGGUCGAUCACGUUCUGCCCAGCCUUGAAAAAGGAACCCCAAAGCAGCAUGUCUGAAGACCAAGAUGGCUGCGAGGUAUUGUACCCCACUGAUGCAGAAAAUGCCAGCAUGGGCACAGAUUCAGGUUCUCAGUCAUGUUCCAGCGGUGAUAGCAUUUGCAGCAAUGAGAAUUCCACAAACUUCAUCUGCCCACCCAUAGACAGCAGCUCUGGUGUUGGUGAGGUUGAUGAUGCUCACAGUGAUAAUGUACCACAGACAAGUAAGGCUUUGUCCAGUAGCCUGUGUAAAGAUCUAUCAACUAAUGAUCAACAAGCUUUAUCCUGUAUCGAUACAGAUGUUGAAGUUGCAGGUAACUCAGAAAACACAAAGAAACAGACAUUUCCCAAGGAAGGUUUGGUAACUGAACAUGGUCCUCGACAUGCCCUCAAAGUUUCAUACCUUCACUGCCUUCCACACAGGCCUCUCACAAUGUUACAGAAGGGAAAAUGUGUGGAUGAUGAACACAGGCAUGUAGGGAAGGGCCACUAUCUUCUCAACAGGUCCACAGCAAGGAAAGCUUCAGUUAGUGAUCUCCAGCAAAAGGCUAGGAUUUUCCCCUGUCAUGUUCGAUUAAGGAAGCUGAGUAGCAGACAGAUUCCCCAGUAUGGCACUCAGCCUCAGAGAACGGCACCAGUGCUUCUGGGCAGACGUGGAAGGCCGAGGAAGUGGAUGUGGGUGAAAGGAAAGUCAGGGAAGUUGGUUCGAGUCCUGAUUCCAAAGAAAGAAUUGGCACCAUCCGGUGUAGGGGACAUCGAAGUGUUGAGAAAGUUACGGCCCUCCGCUCAGAGAGAGGUGAGAGAGGCUCAGUUAAAAACUGACCAGGUCCGAGCUCCUUCCAAGAAAGAUGACAACAAUGCCACACGCACAGCCCUCAGGCCCCUACCAGUGAGACUAGCCAAAAUCAAUGACAAGAAAUCUGAAAACACACCAAGGAAGCAGUAUAACUACAAAGAGAGCCAGCAGUCUAUGCAGCCUGAAACAAGCGAUAAAGCAAAGCCAGUGCCAGGUGCUUUUCCUAUUGUGAAGCAAAGGCAUGCAUCAGUUGAGGAAGAUGAAGUUGAUUUCAAAUGGACUGUGGCCGCUUGCAAGAAGGUACAAAGUACAGAUCUCCCAUGCACUUGCACCGUAACUACUCCCCUUGGCAAAAGCUAUGAAGUGGGAAACUGUGUGCCUUCAGAGAAGGACACUGCAGGUCUUGCUUCAUUGUCUGCAGGACCAAAGCUUGUCAGAAAAAAGGGGAACGGUCAGAAAGAAAAAGUGAAGCAAAACAAUGAAAUGGCGCUAGGGAUACGCACAUUGCCACACAGGAGAGCUCGUACUAAAGUGCUAAAGGCUUUCCACGCAGUCAUCUUGAAAAAGUACCAGAAGCCUGAGAGCUUCAUGCCCGCUGCUAUCAGGAAACUCCGGCAGCUGCCAUCGAGAAACAAACGCCUGCGGGAGAGCACCAAGAGUAUGCCCUCUCUGAGGAAAACAAGCAGGAAGCAUUUGCUGAAGACUUUACAGAAAACAGCAGAUUGUGAGAUGUCAGAGAAAUAUUGCCCCAAAAGGGAGUUAAGAAUCGUUUCACAUGGCUUCAGUGACAGUGUAAAGGAAAGAACUGUUGAUGAUGGUAGCAAAGUUGCCCUUAAUAUCAAACACAGCACAGAUGUGCACCAUGAUUGUGUUGAUGUUGAGGAACAGAUGCAAGUAGAACAGUGCUCUGUGGUGCUGCAGCCCAUCUCUCCACCUACAGUUAAGUCAAUCAUUGCUGAUGCCUCAGGAACCCAAACUCAGCUUGAAGACUUUUCAUCCGCUAAAUCUGAGGAGAACAUGGAAACAAGAGACGUGCCAGUUGUGAAGCAGGAACGUGAAGAUCCACUCGAUCACGAUGGGCCUGGAAUGAUCAAAAUUGAUGCAGAGGUCUGUGAGAAACGACGGCUGAGAGUUCUGCCUGAGAGAGUGGCAAGACUGCGAGAGGAAGAGAGGAGACGGGAAGCUAAAAACACUGUCACCUUCACUACAGCAUGGCCAAGUCACGAGAAACAGACAAGAUGCCUGGAUGAUUCUCCAUUCGAUAAGAAUGCAGGCACAAAGGAUAUGGAAAACCCUCCUCUUUCAAUUAAAACAGCAGAUAAUUCUGUAGUUCUGAAUUCCAAGAUUGAUUCUAAAUCUAACCCCAAACACAACAAAUACCUUAUAAAUGAUGGGAUCUCUGGCAGAACAGUGCAUAACAAUGCACAAGAGGAGACAAGAAUACAAGACAUUACUUGUAAGACAGAGGGUGAAGAUAUUGAUGACGAAAGAAAGUUGCGAAGCUUGCCUUCUAGAAUGGUAGCACAACCAAACAAUGCUUGGGGAGUGAAGAAGGCAAGGGGAAGACUUCGGAAACAUUUGCUAUUGCCAUCAGAUUGUGAACCCCUGGCAAAGAAACAUCAAGGUAGACCAGGAAAGCAUGUCCUCCCUGAGUCCCUUGAUAGUACCAUGUACACCACAAGGCAUACAAAACAUGGUGUGGAGACAGUGUCAGAAGUCAAAAGAAGGCCCAUCUGUGUAGAUCAAGCGACCAAGUCAGAUGAUUGCAGCAGGGAAAGAGUGAAUAGCAGCCCGUCCAGUUUGGUACAUGGCAGCCUUACAAAUGGGGUUACCUUUGACAGACAACUUGAUAUGGCCAAUGUUGCUUCAAGUCCAAACCAAGAAGGGAACAGCAGCACAGAAACUGAUACCACAAGCAUGGAAGCAGCAGCAGCCACGUGUGACUUCAUGGUGAAGAGGAAAUUGGCCCAGAAGACUGAUCUAAGAUGUGAGUGCAUGUCCCUGAACACCAGUCUUACACUCCAGUACCAAGAUGCCAUCAUCAGCAAGGGCUGGGUGAAGACAUCAGAGAAGCCAGGAAGGAGAGACACCAGCCUUAUACAGAGUCUGUUCACUCAGCCAGUGACCUAUAACACCAUCAUGACAUUAGUGGGGAGUAGUAACAGUAGGAUGUUCCAGAGCCAGGAGCAAGUGGCCUUAACUCAGGUAGUAACGGCACCCAAGGGUAAAAAGGGCAUGCACAUUCAGCAAAAUGGCACCAAAGGUUUAAAGACAAAGAAGAAAAGAUUUGAAGAAGUUUCAGUGACCACCAACAGGAAGGAUCUCAUUGAUGAUGUGCCAAUCUCACCUAGCAAGCCUAUUACGAUGCCGAUUUCUUCACAAAGAGCAGCAAAACAUCAGACAACUCCAAGAACAAAAAUACACAGGCAGGCUGACAGACUCAGAAAGACUCUACGGAAAUUUGCAUCCGUGACUCCAGCAAAGAACCGCAUCAUUCCUCAUGAAGAUGUGGGUAGAAGGAAGUGCAAGGCUGCUAAGAAGCUGUUUAUUGAACCAAGGAAUCCUUCCAUCCUGUGGUGCCACCAUCCAAGCAGUGACUCCAAGACAAAAGGACCAAAUGCAAAAAACAGCCCAAAGGCAGGAAUCAUCUCAGGGGCAAAACACAGCUCUAAGCCUCCAUCCACUAACACUACUUCAACUGUCCAACCACCGGCAAAGGGUAGAAUAGAAAACGUGUCAGACUCAUCCUCCACUACCCUUUCAAAACCUGCCAGCUCUGGUGAUGGCUUGUGCGGAGAAAGGGACACUUUAACAGGGCCUCCUGAAGAUGGGAAGAAGUCACAGGGAAAGAAAACAUCAAAGAAACACAGCAACUUCUCGCCAUCCACAUCAAAAGGCUCCACUCUAAGCAAAGUCAAGCCUAAAGUGGCAUCCAGCAGCAGGAAACAUGAAGUAGAUCCAAUCACUGCUAUUGACCAAUCAGAUCACAGGGAUGAGAUUGCAUCAAACACUGCGCAGGCUUCAAGGUCAUCUGCAAGAAUACAGCAGAAGCAGUUGUUGGGAUUCUCCAUUUGUCCCUGCUGUGCCUUAGUGGAAGCUGAGCACUUUGAACGGUUCAAGAAAAGGGUAAAAACCUCCAAGUCUGAGGAAAAGCAUCAAACAGAGAAAGUCUCCUUACCAGCCAAGCAGCUUGUAAAGAAAGAAGGAAAUAAUACCAAGAAAGCUACUGGAUCAGCUAGUCAGUCAGGCAAGCCGUUCAAACCCAAGAAUAAGCCUGCUGCAAAAGGAAGGAUACGGAAGUCUAAAGAUGACAGGAAUCCACAAGAUUUGGGUUCGCCCAGUAGCUGUAUUGUCAAUAGCAGCUCUGACACUCCACCAGUAACUUGCUCUAGCAGUGAAGCUGUUUCUGAGAAUGUUCCAGAAGAUUUAUCUUCCUCAGUUCCACAGUUAGUAAGGUCUAGUUCAGUCCCACCCAUCUCCUCAACACAGUGGGGGAAUCUAACGCAUGGUGAUCAAAUCUUAAAGGAAGGCCCAGGUGCAAAAGACCAAGUGGCAUCCCCAGAAGUGAGUGCUGAAGUACAAAAUGGGGAAAUGUUUUCAGACUGUGAAAAUGUUGUUUCUUGUGAGGAAGAUAAUUAUUGUCUUGAUGAAGAGGGGUUUGCAGGGCCUCUUGAUCUGAGAGUAUCAUGGAAGAAAUAUGAGCCUGUUUAAAGAUACAGACUGCUUAAAGUUGCAGUCACUUCACCUUAUGCUUUUCAGAUUAGACAUUUGCAUUAUGAUAUACAAUAAUCAUGUACAUGACUGACAGUGUAACACACACACAUUGCUUUUCUUUUUGUCUGGCACAAAAAGAAUUGUUCAUUUAAACCUAGACCUGAUUGAUAGGAUUGAAUUUGAAUGACAAUACGUCUUUCAAUUUCAGUAAUUUUUCCUUAUCAAAUAUGAUUACCGUUUUCAGUCAAAAUUUUUUGCAGUAUUGUUCAUUGCUUUGUCCAAGUACACAGAUGGUUGCCAGAUUUACCCAAAUUGCACUAAUCAUCUCUAAACCAAAUCUUUUUGAAUUACUUGUCCAAAACGUAUUGAAAAUUGACAGAAAGCCUUGGGAAAAGGUUGAUAGCUUUUUUAUGCCACAUGGGGAUUCAAUGUGGAUUAUAAUUUGAACACCAUAUGAAGUCGAAUUAACAUACAAUGUAGCCAUUUGAUCUAGUCUGUAGUAACCGUUGAAAAGGCAUUUUCAUUAUACUAGUAACCAUCAUAGCAAUGACAGGUUGAAACGUUUAUGAAAUAGUCUGUAAAAUAAUUAAAUUUUGGUCACUACUGUAUUAUUCCUUUUGGAACAUGAUUGUUAUGGAAAGGAUGUAAUACAGUUCUGCAAUGGGACUUAAGAUGGAAGGUCAUCUUACUCAGGACCCUCUUGAUUUCUCAGGGCCACAUACAUGUACAUGUAUGUAGCUGUGUAACAGUUGUUGUAUAUAUGUACAUGUAUGUACAUGUAUGUAGCUGUGUA